AUCAAGUGGGUACGAGCCAUCGAGCAGUGUAUUCGAGCGAACACCCACUUGGCCUAGUACUCCUCAUUGAAUAACUUCGUCCAGUUGGAAUCGUCCAUGUUCGCACUAGUAGCUCAAUUUUCGCUCGAUGUUAAUCAGCCGGUCAAGUGUGGGUGUUCGCUCGAACUGGUUAUCCGCUCGAACUGUUGCCAUAGUUUUGUUUUUGUGGUAACGCUUAGCGAAAUUUGAUGUAAGAUAAGAGACAUGUUAUUAAACGUUUUCAUUUAAAAAAGUUUUUUUGUAGGCGGCAGAAUAAAACAGCGCACUCAUGGCAGUGUACUUUGACCAUAGAGUUCAGACAAUAGCUGGUAGUCAGGUGGAUAUAUCCUGGCACAACACGCAACCUUUUCUUGCUGUCGCUACAAGAACCGAUGGGGGUGGGGGCACUGUUAAACUCUACAAUGAAGAGGGUGAUGAGGUUGAGAACGCAUGUGUUCAACGAUCCUGCGGCUCAUCCUCCUUAAGUUGGCACCCAGUCAAACCAAUUUUUGCCAGUGGUUGGGAGUCUGGUGAUGUCCUCGUGUGGAACGACGAGUCUAAAGAACUCUACGAAGCACCUGCUUUACACAAAAAAGAAGUGUGUCUUGUUGUGUGGAAUGACCAUGGACAGAGACUCAUGACAGGAGAUAAGAAUGGAGAUAUUGUAAUAUGGAAGGUAGACAUGAAAGGUCGUAUACAGCCGACCCCAGUUUGUCAAUACGAAUGCCAUCAAAUACCACGGCAGUGUAUCUUCCGACCAACUUCGGAGGAAAGUGCUCAGGAUAAAGCAGCACUGGCACGAGCGGCUGUCAGUGGCGAUGAGAGGGCGCUAGACAUGUUCUCAUGGCGUAAGGAAAGCAGCAAAUCUUCUAAGCUUUCCAGUGGUAACGACGGUUUGUGUUGUUACGUUGCUAGUGAGGACGGUGAUGUUAAUUAUUUUGAUGAAAAGGGAAAUUUGUUCAAUGUACAUAAGUGUGAUGGACCAAUCAAGAAGCUACUUUACAAUGAGCAUCGUAACAUCCUAGUCAUCAUCACCGAUGCCCUGAUGCUCUCGCAGCAUAGUGUCUUAAGCGAUGGCAAGUUACAGGAGACGAUGAAGGUGAAGUUAAGUGGUAAGCCACCAGACACUGAUUGUGCCAUAGUUUGGGCUGGCAAGGGUCUACUUGCCACAGCUACUGGAGAGGGCAUUGUUCGUAUGUGGGAUCUCGAUAAGGACGAUAACUUUGUGCUGGGAUUGGAUACUCAAUCGGGAUUUGAGACUGGAGAAUGUAUCAAUUGUGUUGCCUACUGUAAGAAUAAAGCAAUUCUAGCUGCUGGAACUGACAGGGGCCGUGUAGCCUUUUGGAAGUACUCCCCCAAUCGUGGUUUGAUGGGCCGCAAACAGGACAGUGAGACAAAAUGGAAGCUGCAGAAAGCAUCCAACUUGGAGGGAAGUAUCCUUCAGAUAAAAUGGGGAAGUAGGAAGAAUCUCCUGGCAACCAAUACCAUCGACCAAGUUACUAUUUUGGAUGAACAGCUUAUGAGUGGACAUAUGAAAGAUGAGGUAUGUGUUGUACAGACUGGACCUAAUACUCUGUCUGUGGAUUUAUAUGCAAGCAAGACACACCAUAAUGUGAAAACAGAUAUACAUGUGAAAGGCAUUUAUGCUUCAAAGGAGCAUGUCGUGAUCUGGAAUGGUAGGAAAGCAGUGGUUUAUGAAGUAGGGCAACAAGCUGUCCGGGCAUCAGGUACAUUUUCUACUGAGUCUUCAGUUAUUUGUUUAUAUGAGCAAAAUGUUUACACAACUGAGCCAGGCAAAAUACAAGUCAGAACUUUCCAGGGCACAGUGAAGCAGUUGAUAUCACUAAAUGAAGAUGAUGGUGAACCAGUUGCCAUGGAGAUAAGUGACAAAUACUUUGUUGUUGCAACAUCAACAGGAUUCAUCAAGGUGUAUGACAUUUCAAGAAGAGAGGCCAAACCACACUGUCCUCCAAAAAACUUUGCAGAAAUUAUUCCAGACCUCAGAGUCAUCAAAUCUGCCAAGUCAAACAGCAAUGGUACAAGAAUAUUUGUUAUAGUUGAAAAGACUGAUGGUACCAUAGACUCUAAACUCUACCUAUGGGAUGUUGAUAUGGAUACUAUCCAGUACUUCGAUUUUGCGACUGGACAAGGAGACCAAGACGAUGUUAUGCUUACUAAUGGAGAAGAUAUGAAUGAUGUUGAAAGGGGGAGAGUAGAGGCAGCCCAAGAUGUUGCAGGUAGAUAUCCAGUGAGUGCAUUCUGGGAUCCUACAGAACCUAAGCUGAUCGUCUGUGAAGCCAGGCUGGCCUUGGACAGUGAGAACAUAUCAUUCUUAAAGAAGAAACCUUCCUUGAAUACCCUUUCUAAUCUACCUGCUGAGAAGAUGGUGGUGUCCCUCUUCAGCACCCUUGACCACGGUGUCAUGCUACAGGGUGGCAUUGCUCUCCACACAGCUUACGACAGUCUACUCGGGGCUGGUGUCCCAUACUUAUACUUUGUGAAGAAGUCUGGGGAGAAGCUAGAUGAUGAUGUUGAUAGUCUCGCAUCAGAAUCUCCGGUAGCUCGCAAAGUUAUGCGAGACUUUGUUGGCUUAGAAGACAGUGACAAAAAAUCUCGUGAGGCCAUGAUGAAUUUCAGUUUCUAUCUCACAAUUGGAAAUAUGGAUGAAGCAUUUAAAGCAAUCAAGCUGAUUAAAAGUGAAUCGGUGUGGGAGAAUAUGGCAAUGAUGUGCGUGAAGACACGAAGGUUAGACGUAGCUAAAGUGUGCCUUGGGAACAUGGGGCAUGCCAGAGGAGCGAGGGCGCUCAGGGAGGCUGAGAAAGAGCCCGAGUUAGAUGCUCGUGUAGCUAUGCUAGCAAUCCAGUUGGGCUUACUGGAGGAUGCUGAAAGAUUGUACAAAAACUGUGGUCGUUACGACUUACUGAACCAGUUCUACCAGGCCAGUGGACAGUGGGCUAAGGCCAUGGAGACAGCUGAGCUGCAUGAUCGUAUUCAUCUACGUACAACGUACUACAACUACGCCAAGCACCUGGAGUCAAAGGGAGAUAUGAAUGGCGCUAUACCGAAUUAUGAGAAAUCAGAUACCCAUCGGUUUGAAAUACCCAGAAUGCUAUUUGAUGAACCCCAGGCACUGAAGGCCUAUAUUAUGAAAACAAAAGACAAAUCAUUGAAGAAGUGGUGGGCACAGUACAUGGAGAGCACUAGUGAGAUGGACUCUGCAUUGCAAUUUUAUGAGAUGGCUCAGGACUACCUGUCUCUUGUCAGGGUUUACUGCUAUUGUAACAACUUGGAAAAGGCAUCUGAGAUUGCUAGCCAGACAGGGGACAGGGCAGCUUGUUAUCACCUGGCAAGACAGUAUGAGAAUGUGGAGGACUACAAAGCAUCAAUCCAUUUUUUCACACGUGCACAAGCUUACAGUCAGGCGAUUCGGCUAUGCAAGGAGAACAACAUGGAGGACCAGUUAAUGAAUCUUGCGUUGAUGAGCAACUCAACAGACAUGAUAGAUGCCGCCCAAUACUAUGAAAGUAACCCUCAAACCAUGGAUAAGGCAGUAAUGUUGUAUCAUAAGGGUGGCCAUUUUUCCAAGGCCCUAGAGCUUGCUUUUGAUACUCAACAAUUUGCUGCCCUACAACUGAUUGCUGAGGAUUUAGAUGAAAAGACUGAUCCUAUCCUACUCAAUCGCUGUGCUGACUUCUUCAUGGAACAUGGACAGUACGAUAAGGCCGUUGAUUUGCUGGUUGUAGCAAAGAAGUUUGGUGAAGCUCUUGAUAUUUGUAUGCAACAAGGGGUCAACAUCAAUGAAAAACUAGCUGAGAAAAUGACCAUCUCUAAAGAUGACCCCAACGGUGAAAUGCGGAUAAGGCUUCUUGAAAAGGUUGCCGACAUCUGUUUCCAGCAGGGGUCAUAUCACCUGGCCACCAAGAAGUAUACACAGGCAGGGAAUAAAGCAAAGGCCAUGAAAUCGCUGUUAAAGUCGGGCGAUACAGAGAAGAUAAUCUUCUUUGCGGGUGUAUCACGACAGAAGGAGAUUUACGUGAUGGCAGCAAACUACCUGCAGUCGCUGGAUUGGCGUAAAGAUCCUGAGAUUAUGAAGAACAUUAUUGGAUUCUACACUAGAGGGCGGGCUUUGGAUUCUUUGUCAGGAUUUUAUGACGCCUGUGCUCAGGUGGAGAUUGAUGAGUAUCAGAACUAUGAUAAAGCCCUGGGAGCACUAAGCGAGGCUUACAAGUGCUUGAGUAAGGCUAAAUUAAAGAAUACUUCACAGCAAGAAGAAAAGCUUGCAGCUCUCAAACAUCGCAUCAACCUCGUCAAGAAAUUUGUACAGGCUAGACGAGUGUAUGAUGAGGAACCAGAGGAAGCCAUGAAGCAAUGUCAAGUGCUGCUGGAGGAGCAUGAUCUGGAUAGUGCUGUAAGAGUUGGUGAUGUCUAUGGCAUGAUGAUAGAGCACUAUGCCAGGCAAGAGAGCUUCAAGAAGGCGUAUGCCUGCAUGGAAGAAAUGCGAAGUCGUAUACCAACCGUAAACAUGGCGUUCUAUGUGAACAUGCGUACAAUAGAAGCGAUUCAUCGCGCGCUGGACAUCCCACUCGGUAGAGGGAUGGGAGCAGAGAAGAAAGACGAAGAUGAUGGUGAUGAAGUUGAGGAGGAAGUUCAAGAGGAGUAUGAUGAAGAUAACGGCUAUUGCUGAGGGGUCACUCAAUUUAUCAGUUAUCGAUCAUCCUUUUGGUUUUUAUUUAUCAGAACUGACAUUAAAUCAAAUUAAAUUGAUUUAACAUUUCAUUUCAUUAUUUAUUGGUAUGUUUCAUGUUAAAACCAACCGUUUACAGAUGUAUACAGUACAGUAUUUACAAGUUGUUGCUGGCCAAUAGAAUAGCUGUUUGAGUUUGAUAUAAAUUUUAUGAUGAAAUGAGACUACUUAGAUAAUACAGUAUUUCCGUAUGUAUGAGAUGAGUAUUACUGUUUAUUAGUAUGGAGGUAUAAUGAUUUAUUGGUAACCAGUGUGCACUGAACCAUGAAAUAUUUUGCCUCUACUUUCACAUCAUGACCAUAUAUAGUUUAUAUAAUUAUAUAUAAUUUAUCUGUGGCUUGCCCAGUAGAUAACAUAAAUGCUAUUGUCUCUCUGCUUGUUACAAGUUAGUGUUAGAUUAUUAUUUUUAUUAAAAAAAAUAUCCUCUGGAUCACCGUAUCACCUUGAAAAUGUACCUUGAUAUAAAAAAAAUCCAUCGAAAUGAAGUUAUAACUUAGAAUUAUGUUUAUAUCACUUAUCUAGACUCAUGAAAGAGUUUUGUCCCUAAACCUUGAGGGUGUUAAAUGAUGUUUUUGCAGAACAAUGUUUUUUUUUGGGCUGCAAUUAAUAUGCCUUUGUAAAAUGAAUCCUGCCUGUGUGCCAACAAAAAUGUACUGUAAGAAGUCAGUUUUUAAUAACUUAUAAGUACAGUAACUUUUAAUUUCAUCUUUGUAUAUUUAUAUUAAUCUAAUUUAUAAUUUACAUUCCAAAUUCAAAUUACUGAAAUAUUAUUCACCUUGAAAAAUACACUGAAAAUCUACACCUUGGAUGAUCUUAUACACUUCAACUCUCCCAACAAUGACAGUGCAAGAGAUUACCAUAUGAUUGGUAUGGGUUCGAAAUUCAAGAUCCCUGACAGAGGCCACACCCACCCAGUGGCGGCACCAGCGGACAGACCAUAAAAAAAAUAUAAAAAUUGGCCCACACCAAGCCAACCCAUGUCUGUCACAGUCUGAGAGUGCCAUUUCCAGCCAUCCAGAGGUUGCUAUUCUUUAAAAAAAAUCUCAUUUGGGAGGGAGAACCCUCUGUCAACCCCUUCUCCUUGCUCAGGCUUACGAUCUCAA